UUUAUUUUAAUUUUCCUUUUAACAAAUAUUUCAAAUUUCUUGUACAUUUUUUUUCUAUUAUUUUUAUUCUCAUUUUAUUCUCAUUUUCACUGUAUCAUCAUCACCUUUACCCAACCUAAUUAGAUUUUAUUUGAACCUUUUAGCCUAUUUUAACCUUGCUCUUUUUUUUUAUUAGUUUCUUAUACUGACUUUAAAAAAAACAACACAUUCUAUAGCAAAUAACAUAAAACAAAGGGGUAAUCGGUAUCGCAGGAGGAUUUUUUUUUUUUGCCCAUUGGAAAACGGGCAAACGGUUCAGUCAUGCAUGCAAUUAUGCAAUAAAUGUUGGUAUGGACCGAAGGAUGAUGUCCAUACCAACAUAUGCAAAUAAAGAAACGUCAUGAAAAUAUUCAAUUGUAACUUUAGUGGCUACUUUUUGGAGAGUCUACUUUUCUUUUGGUACAUCCUGUAUAGCGCCAAAUCACAACAGCAGUUCUCUCAUCGCACUUUACACAUGAAGGUCACAAAUGAAAACAGAGAACCAACUGAAACCCCACAUGAACAAGCACCUUGUGACGGAGGCAAGGAAAAACUCCCUCUGGGAAGAAACCUCGAACAGAACCCAGGCUCUAAUUAUAUGCUUUUGCAAAGAGAUGAGUUUUGAGUUAUACACUAGGUCCCCAAUUUACGAACAUCCGACUAGCGAACAUUCGCGGAUACGAACACAAGCCGACUGGCCUAUAAUUUAUUUUAUUUUGCCUGUAGUCGCUCAAUCAGUAUUUAUACCGUACUGUACAUGCUUGACCAGUAGAGGGCACUGUGACACUGCUAAUGGGACCAACAGAGGAAGAGUUAGACACUGGGGAGAUAAAGCUAAAUGGAAAGCUAAAUUGUACAACCCAGACAGUGCGUGUGAUUAAAGUUUAUGAAGAGUUAAUAGGCCUGCUUAAUUCUACACCACCCACAGAACACUACCUCUUUUAGAAGAGUCUAACCAUGACGAUUUGUCCUUUUCUUCAAUAACUACUCCUCCUCCUCCACCACAACGACGUAUGCUCGACCACUCCUCUUCAAAGAAAAUGAAGCUGCGAGUCCAGCUCCAGUGCAAGAAUUUGCAUGAAUACCUCAGAGAGCUGGGUCCAGACAUUUUGGACCGACUAUAUAAUCAUCCCGCAACAUGUCUGGCUGUCUACAGGGAGCUUCCCUCUCUGACCAAAAAUUAUGUGAUGCGAAUGCUGUUCCUGGAUCAGCCUCUCCCUCAGGCAGCUGUGGCUUUGUGGGUGAAAAAAGAGAGCCAGAAGGAUCAUGAUGAAUGUGUGUCAGUGCUGGCAGGACUGCGCCUUUGGCACAGUCAGCAGCUGCAGGGUGGUCUGCAGGGAUAUAUACUAAACCCCGUCUUCAAAGACAACCUGAGGAUAGCGCUGCUGGGGGGGGGCCGAGCGUGGGCCGACGAGGGCAGCAGCCUGGGCCCUGACCGCCACGCUCGGGACAUAGAGAGUCUGGACCGCUAUGCCAUGGAACGCUGGGAGGUCAUCCUGCACUUUAUGGUGGGUUCUCCCACCGCUGCUGUCAGUCAGGAUCUCGCUCAACUGCUGACUCAAGCAGGCCUCAUGAAAAGUGAGGGGGGGGAGGCACCUUACAUCACCUCUGCAGGCUUCCAGUUCCUCCUCCUGGACACUCCCUCUCAGUUGUGGUAUUUUACACUACAAUACCUCAAAACUGCUCAGUCCAGAAAGAUGGACCUGGUGGAGAUCUUGUCAUUCUUGUUUCAACUCAGCUUCUCUACAUUGGGCAGAGAUUACUCGGUGGAGGGCAUGAGUGAGUCAUUACUCACAUUUCUACAGCACCUUCGGGAGUUUGGGCUGGUCUUCCAAAGGAAGAGAAAGUCAAGGCGGUACUAUCCCACCAGGCUGGCCAUCAGUCUGGCUGCAGGAGUUACAAGCAGCUCCUCUUCUAACUGUGGCUCCAUUCCCGGCACUGGAGAUGCAGGCUUCAUUGUGGUUGAGACUAAUUAUCGCAUCUACGCCUACACAAACUCAGAACUUCAGAUUGCUCUGGUGGCUCUCUUCAGUGAAAUGUUGUAUCGCUUCCCUAAUGUGGUCGUGGCUCAGGUCACACGAGAGUCCGUGCAACAGGCCAUCGCUAAUGGGAUUACUGCACAACAGAUAAUCCACUUUCUGAGAACCCGAGCACACCCUGUCAUGCUGAUGCAGACACCCGUGCUUCCUCCAACCAUCACAGAUCAGAUCAGACUUUGGGAGCUGGAGAGAGACAGACUACAAUUCACAGAGGGAGUGCUUUACAACCAGUUCCUCUCCCAGGCGGACUUUGAGGUGCUUCGAGACAGAGCUCAGGGACUGGGGUGUCUGGUGUGGCAGGAUGUGACUCACAGGGUGAUGGUGGUGACGCCACACGGACACAGUGAGGUCAAGAGGUUCUGGAAACAACAGAAGAGUCACACGUAACCAGUGAAGAGCACGGAGAGCACACAUGACUGCCGUCAAACUGAUGAAGGCAGCACUUCUGCUGUACUCUUCUUUUUCACUGUCAUGGAGAAUGUGGAAAGGACAUCAUCAUUUUGUAUUUUUGUAACGGGUCGACUCCCAUCUAAUAUUGACAGUGACACACAGUCAGGGGAGGUGAAAAAAUAACAAAACUAAUCACAAGAACAUGAAAUAAAUAUAAAUUUCUGUCCAUUGAACUGUAUUAUAAAUGUAUUUUUGUAUGAUUAAAAUGGUUUUGACUAUUCUCUAAGUAAAAAAGGCUGAAUUUGCACAUUUCCGAAUGAAAUACAGGCCAGGAAACUAAGAUGAGGCUGCCGCCAGCGCCUUUUCUCAUCUCAUCAUGUGAGUGCGCACUAACUCGCCAAUUUGUUUGUCAGCAUGUGGCCAAUGUUGCAGAAACAUUUUUUUUAUACACAUAUAUAUUACAUAGAGAGACAUGGAGGGACAAAACCAAGGCACUGGUUUAGGUACGUGGAUGACACCUUUGUCAUAAUCAAAAAACAGGAAAUUCAGUCUUUCACAGGUCACAUCAAUGCGGUGGACACCAAUAUCAAAUUUAUCGCGAGGACACUAAAGAGAACCAACUAGCCUUCUUAGACUGCAGGGUAAUUAUAGGAGAGGACAGACAGCUACU